AUGAGCUUCAGUUUUGCUCUUCUCUCACUUCUUCACUUCUUCGCUGGCUCCACCUUCUCGCAAGUCACCUCGAUCCCAUACGAUCCUUCUCCGUACGCGGCUGCAGGAUAUAUCACCGGCGCGACUAUCGAUAAUUCUUCUGACAUUCUAUCUGGUGGGACGUUGUCCAUUAACAACAUCGAUGUAAUCAUCCCGCACAAUCUUCUUGUCAACACGCCCUCACUCACGGCUGUGGCAUGGAGUGAGCUAUUCAACGAGAAUGGGACCAUCGACCUUCCACUCUGGCCCGAAAUUAGCUGGGAAGCUCAGAUCUUCGCCAAUUUUAUCGGAGGCCAGUAUAUCGCUGGAAUUGUGUACAUCUUCCAAGAAAUAGCGAACCUCAACGAAGGAUUUAUUACCGCUAUUGAUUAUGAAAAGGGCGAAUUCCGUGUCGGCGGCGACUUCAACAAUCCGACAACUGGUGUUCUUGGAAGAUUCGGCAAGGUUCAUGGCGACUGGCCACUUUGGACCGCCGACACAGAUAACCCUUCAAUACAAGCUAGUACUGGAUUUCCAUUAUGUCUUCCGCGAGUUGAUCCUGCGGUGGCCGAUGAUCCUUUGUGCCCUGAUACCAAUCGACCAGUGGAUGGGUCUGGCAAGCCGCUGUCUGGAUUUACCUUCGCAGCUCCUCCUGUUCCCGCUGGGCAACCAGACCCUAACUUAUUUGUCCCUUUGAAAGUCGGCGACUUCAUCAUCUACAGUGGCACCAUUGUGGAGGAUGCUGAUGGUCGUCUCAUAGCUGCAUAUAGCAUUGAGGGCAAUCUGGGAAUAUAUACUACUCCUGGAACGAUGUAG